GUCUGGUGUUCAAUCCUGAUUAUAUUGUUUGCUUCGAUGCGGGCAACGAGAUUGACCAAGAAUAUUAGUGUUUGGGCUGGAUGGCUUAUCGCCUGAGGCACUAACACCAUCAUUGAAGUCAUGAUAUCAUAUAUAAAACCACCUAUACUCCAUGGCCUUGCCCAUUGGUCUCAUUCGCAAAACUUGUUAGGAAUUAUUCAUAAACAACAUGGCUGCAUCAGCACUUCGCUCCCCUAUACUCUUCAUCGGCCUCGCGAACCUCUUCGCAAUCUCUGGAUCGACAUAUAUGCUCCGCAGCCAUCAUAUCUAUAAUCUCGAAGAACACGAAGCGCGGAUGGACGAGCUCGAGGGGACAUUGAGAGGGCAUAUAGGACUUAUCGAAGGGGCACUUGACAGACUGGAGGGAAAUAAAGCAAAAUCGGUCAAGGAGAAGUGAGCAACGACUAUUCUCAUUAAGACUUAGUAGGCUGAACUGCAACAGUGAGGAAUUCUACACAGCAAGGGGUAAAGAUGGGAAGAGGAAAUAGAAAAGGGUCGUGACAGCAUCACUGUCGCCGUUCUAGGACUAAGGUAUCAUGGUGUCCAUUGCCUUUACAUGAAGCGGCAUUUUGUCGAUGCAGGAAGCAGACCCGUUAUGAUCGACGCUGUUUCCGAUUGGCAUAUCGAUAGCGUAAUUGUGUACAUCUGAUUGCGCUCAUGGAACC